AUGGGCACCAGGCACGCCGCGUUGGCUAAGUCGAGCAGGCGCGCGACGUUAGAAGCCAUCGGCGAACUGCGAAUGGCGGACAACCUCGGCAGGGCCAACGAUGGGGAUGAUGUGCCCGUCCUCGACAUCUCCGACGAUUCUGGACCGGCAGCUGGUUCUGAAUCUGAAGGCGACAGCGGUGUGGAUGACGGCCGGUCGGAAUCAGGGGGUGCUUCCGAGGAUGAGCUGGUCGUGUCGGCAAUGCGGCGAGGGGACAAGGCUGCCGAGAUGGUGAGGAAGCGGACCACUGGAACGGAGCUGGGCAGUCACGAGGUGCUCGAAAGCGGCGAGAGCAGCAGGGAACAGAGCGGCGGCGACGAGGGCGAUCAGCCCAGUCCACGGGGUGGAAUCGAUAGCCUUGAUGGAGGCGAUGCAGACUUUGAGAACAGCUACAGACAUGCUGCAGCCUUGACUGCUGACGCCUCCACUCUUGAAAGUGAGGACCAGGCAGCUGCCACAUCGAUGGAGGACGCCCCUGAAGUUGCUGCAAUGUGUGCUGAGUUGAGAGAUAGCUUGGGUGAGGUCAGGAAGAGGGUUGCACCACUGCUGAAAGAGGUCAGAGCUGGAGGCCUCUGUGAGCACGAGGGGUUGAGCUAUCUGGAAGUCAAGCACAUGCUGUUGUUACAUUAUUGCAUGUGCCUAUUGUUCUUCUUGCUGAUGAAGCUCGAGGGCAAGUCUGUGAAGGACCAUCCUGUCAUUUUGAGGCUGGUUGAGAUUCGAGCGUAUUUGGAAAAGAUACGACCACUGGACAAACGUUUGCAAUACCAGAUUGACAAGCUCUUAAGAGCUGCCAAGGCGGCCAAGACAGCUGAGGAUGCCGGGCAGGAGGUCACAGGGGGUGCAAUUGAUGCUGCGGACCCCCUGCAGUAUGGUCCCAGACCAGACAUGCUCAUCCCCAAAACCAUUGGUGUUGCAAAUGGAGAUGGUGACAAAAUCUACCGUGCCCCAAGGCUGAAUCCCACAGUAAUGGAUGGGCUCGAUGAAAGGAAAACGGAGGCACAGAAGCUGAAGAAUGCAAGAUUGCGUGCAGCUGGAAGCGCUAUCGUUCAGGAGAUGGCCGCCGAGUUGACGGGAGCCCCUGAGGAGCUGACGGCAACACCGGCAGGGAUGGAAACUGAGGGUGCCAUCAGGACAUUGCGGAAGAUGAAGGAAAAGCAGUCUGUGGAAGAGGAAAUGAUGAUGAGGAUGCCUGUCACAAGAGUAGAGAAACGGCGUUUCAAGGCACACCACGGGGCGGGGCUUUCUGGAAGAGUAUUCGACAAUUUCGCUGAUGAGGUUGCUGACAUUGUCGAAGCUGCCGGAAAAAUUGACAAUCGGCAUGGCUCGAAUCAUGAGUCUUUGGGAGACUUGACUGCCAAGAGUUCAAGAAAACGAGGGAGAGGUGGGGGAGACGCGCCGAUCAAGCCGUCGCUGCUGCAGCGAAACUCCAAGCACCAAAGCAAACAAAUGCGUAGAGGGAUGCGUCCCGGUGAGAAACGCGGAAGGGAGGGAGGACAGCCUGGGCCCGGAGCAGGCGAGCAUCCAUACAAGGUGGCAAAGAAGAAAAUGGGCACUUCCAAGCAUGCAAGGGCGGCAAAGGCAGCGGACGGCCAGAGAGGAUUUACAAAGAAUACGCAUAAGAACAAAGGAGUAGCGCCACACAGGCGAGUAGACACAAAGAGCCAUCGAACGGAGCAACGCGGAAGGUGA